AUGGAAAAAGAGCAAUAUCGAUCCGUGAUUUUCUUAUUUUUGCAUGGAAAAACGUGCGAAGAAAUAAAAACGAAGUUGGAUGCCUAUGGGAACUCUUCACCAUCUAUGACAACCGUCAGAUAUUGGUUCAACGAAUUCAAACGUGGUCGUUCGUCUGUUUUUGAUGAGAAGCGCCCAGGCCGUCCGGCAGACGUGGUUACUGAGGAAAUCAUUGAAAAAGUCCACGACAUGAUUUUCGCUGAUCGUCGAACGAAAGUGCAUGAAGUAGCAGAGGCCGUAGGCUUGUCGUACGGAAUGGCAUUCAAUAUUUUGCAUGAUAACUUGGGAAUGAAAAAACUGUCUGCCCAAUGGAUGCCGCGAUUGCUCACGGUGGACAACAAGCGGAUGCGAUUAUCAAUUUCAAAUUUCAGCCAAAUUGAUCGAAUUGCGCUACGAAUUGCUGCCGCAUCCACCGUACUCUCCGGAUUUAGCCCCCUGUGA